AGGGUUUUCAGAGGUUGAAUUACAUUUAUCCAACGCGCGCAAGGGAACCACACCUGCAAAGCCUGUAAUGCACCUGCAUAAAUAAGUGAUCAUGGCAAAGGUGGUUGGAGUGAAUGUUGGGUCUAACACCAAGUAUGACAUCCAACAGAUCAAGAUGUUCAAAGGUCCUGACCGGGUUAUCCACGCCAUCUUCACUGCAUCCUCCCCAGCCGCAUGCGGCGUGACUCUGGAAACCAACAAGGAGUAUCUCUUCAUAGAUCAUCCGCUGCACUUCCCUCCCCUGUCCGAUCAGCACCCCAGAGGAGUGCCUGUGGAUGGACUUGGGGACUGACAAUGGCCAAAACCUUGCCUGUAUCAAGAGGAGAGAUGGGUCCUGUGCCUGGAAGUAGUUCCUGGAUAUUGAAGAGCCUUAUACUCUACAGGCCAUCUGCUCUGUGAUUAAAGAUGCCUGCAAUUAAUGUAAAAAAAUACACAAAGCUACAAAUGCAAAUUAUGAUUUAAAUGAAAUAAAAGCGCUUACUGGUCACUUCUACAAGUGCAAUAA